AUGUUUGGAUCUGUUUGGCGAGUUCUAAGUGCGGCUGGUUGGAGUUCAAAGCGUCCAACAGGGCGAAGCUUGAGUGAUCUGUACCGCUAUAUCCGUCCCGGUGGUGACUCGAAUGGAACAGAGGGUAUCGACUAUUUUCUGGGUGAACGAGCGCUUUUGGAGCACUAU